UCUUACGUCCUUUUUAAUUUGCAGAUCUGCACGUGUUUACGUGUGGACUCUGCAAGUCUUUAUUUUAAACAAAAGUAGGAUUAAAAUAGAUCAAAAUGAGUUUAUACAACUUCAAGAAGAUUGCUGUAGUUCCUACAGCUAAGGACUUUAUUGAUAUAAUAUUAUCAAAAACACAACGUAAAACGCCAACAGUUGUGCAUAAACAUUAUAAAAUAACACGCAUACGUGCAUUUUAUAUAAGGAAAGUAAAAUUCACACAACAAAACUUUCAUGAUCGUCUGUCGAGGAUUAUUCAGGAAUUUCCAAAACUCGAUGAUGUUCACCCUUUUUAUGCUGAUCUAAUGAAUGUUCUCUAUGACAAAGACCACUACAAACUUGGCUUAGGCCAGCUAAACACUGCAAGACAUCUAAUUGACAAUGUUGCAAAAGAUUAUGUAAGGCUGCUCAAAUAUGGAGACUCCCUAUACCGUUGCAAACAACUGAAAAGAGCUGCCUUAGGUCGGAUGGCCACUAUUAUGAAGAGGCAAGGUGCUAAUCUUACAUACUUGGAACAGGUGCGGCAACACUUGGCGAGGUUACCCUCUAUAGAUCCAUACACACGGACAAUCAUCAUUUGUGGCUUCCCUAAUGUUGGCAAAUCCAGUUUUAUCAACAAGAUCACAAGAGCAGAUGUCGAAGUGCAACCAUAUGCAUUUACCACAAAGAGCUUGUAUGUAGGACACACUGACUACAAGUAUCUAAGGUGGCAGGUAAUAGACACGCCCGGUAUCCUGGACCACCCGCUGGAGGAGCGCAACGUGAUAGAGAUGCAGGCGGUGACCGCGCUGGCGCACUUGCGCGCAGCCGUGCUCUACUUCCUGGACCCCUCCGAGCAGUGCGGACACACCAUUGAGGAACAGAUAUCACUGUUCGAGAGCAUAAAGCCGUUGUUCAGCAACAAGCCGCUGAUAGUGGUGCUCAACAAGAUGGAUGUGGUGAAGCCUGAGGAGCUGGCGGAGGGGAAGAGGCAGCUCAUACAGCAGCUGGAGGAGGUCUGCGCUAAGGGAAACCUCGUCAACGUGGAUUCCACUUCCGAGCUGCGCACGGUGCCUGUGAUGCGCAUGUCGACGCUGACGGAGGAGGGUGUGCAGGAAGUGAAGCUGGAGGCCUGCGAGCGGCUGCUCUCACACCGCGUCACCGAGAAGAUGAGGACUAAGAAGGUGGAUGGUAUUCUAAACCGGCUUCACGUGGCGGUGCCGACAGCCCGCGACGGCAAGGCGCGGCCCCCGGUCAUACCGCCCGCGGUCGCUGAACGUCUGCAGCAGCGCGCCGCCAGGGAGACAAGGAAACGGAAACUGGAGAGAGACAUCGAAUUAGAACAGGGAGAUGACUAUGUACUCGAUCUACAGAAGAACUACUCCGAGAUCCCGGAGGAGGAGCGACACGACGCCAUACCAGAGUUCUGGGAGGGACACAACAUCGCUGAUUACAUCGACCCUGAAAUAUUCGAAAAACUGUCCGAGCUGGAGAAGGAGGAGGAGGUGCGCGAGGCGGGCGGCCUGUACGCGGUGCCGAAGAUAGAGCUGGACGAGACCAUGCGCGAGAUACGACAACUGGCUGUACAAAUACGCAACAAGAAGGCGAUCCUGAAGGACGAGUCUCGUCUGACGAAGCAGUCGACGAAGCCGGUGAUGCCGCGCACCAGCCGCGCGCGCGCCCGCGACCGCAGCACCACCAGGCUCAGGGAUGAGAUGGAGAAACUCGGUGUGGACAUGUCGGAGACGCAAGAGGCGCACUUCACGCGCACGCAGUCGCGGUCGCGUUCCCGCUCGCUGUCGGCGCCGGCCGCCAAGCGCGCCCGCACAGACCGCACCGUGUCCCGCCCGCCCCGGGACACGCAGGGCGUCAAGGAUGUCGCUAUGCAAAAGAGGGCAAAGAAGAUGGCGCACGUCGCGAUUGCGAAGAAAACGAAGCGAAUGGGGCUGAAGGGAGAAGCGGAUCGCUUCAUCGGCACCAAGAUGCCAAAACAUCUGUUCGCGGGAAAACGCGGCGUCGGAAAAACGGACAGGCGGUAACAUGCCUCGCUGCUGCCAUAUUACUGUUGUAUCGCAUUUUAUAUAUCAAUAAAGUUAACACAAAAAGAAUAUCUGUUUCUUUUUAUAAUAAAGUAUUUCAACGAUCGUACAAACAGAAUGUGUAAAAACUACUUUGCAAGGACUACAGUGUGUUAUUAUUGAAAUAAAGUUGAAC